AUGGGGAGUUUCUAGUUCUUCUCCGUCAUGGACCUGCCGGUGGAAUUCUGAGGGUUGCUCCACGCAGCAAGGGCGUGGAGCUUACCUCCUGAUUAUUGCAAUUCUGACUUGGGUUUGGCCCUCAGCAUUUGUGCAAGCAAGUUGUUUCCUGUUUGGUAGUGGUGCUUGUGGGUAGGAGAGGUGGAUCCACCACACUGAAGCUGGCACCCUGCUGUCUCCAUCUCUGUGAAGUCCCUUGUACAUGUCCAUGGUUUCCACACUGAAUUGACUGGAGCACAAGGAUCCAAGGAUGAGGGUCCCUGUGUCACAUUCUGUCUCUAAGGCCUCGGGCAGGGGACCAAGGAUGAGUCAGCAUGCUGUGGAAAGCAGGCAGACACAUUUGCACUAUGGUUCCACUUCUCAGAAGAUGCACUAUUACAGAUACUCGAAUGCCGAGGUCAGCUGCUGGUACAAGUACCUCCUUUUCAGCUACAACAUUGUUUUCUGGUUGGCUGGAGUUGUCUUCCUUGGAGUUGGGCUGUGGGCAUGGAGCGAAAAGGGUGUGCUGUCCGACCUCACCAAAGUGACCCGGCUGCAUGGAAUCGACCCCGUGGUGCUGGUCCUGAUGGUGGGCGUGGUGAUGUUCACACUGGGGUUCGCCGGCUGUGUGGGGGCCCUUCGGGAGAACAUCUGCCUGCUCAAGUUUUUCUGUGGGGCUAUUGUGCUCAUCUUCUUCCUGGAGCUGGCUGUGGCUGUGCUGGCCUUCCUGUUCCAGGACUGGGUAAGGGACCGGUUCCGGGAAUUCUUCGAGAGCAACAUCAGAUCCUACCGGGAUGACAUUGACCUGCAGAACCUCAUUGACUCGCUUCAGAAAGCCAACCAGUGCUGUGGGGCAUACGGCCCUGAGGACUGGGACCUCAAUGUCUACUUCAACUGCAGUGGUGCCAGCUACAGCCGCGAGAAAUGCGGGGUACCCUUCUCCUGCUGUGUGCCAGAUCCUGCGCAAAAAGUUGUGAACACACAGUGUGGCUAUGAUGUCAGGAUUCAGCUGAAGAGCAAGUGGGACGAGUUCAUCUUCACAAAAGGCUGCAUCCAGGCAUUAGAGGGCUGGCUUCCAAGGAACAUCUACAUCGUGGCUGGUGUCUUCAUUGCCAUCUCUCUGCUGCAGAUAUUUGGCAUCUUCCUGGCAAGGACCCUGAUCUCAGAUAUUGAGGCAGUGAAGGCGGGCCAUCACUUCUGAGGAACAGAGGCAAGCAAGCGGAGCUGAGCCAUGUCAUGGAGGCCAAGCCCUUCACUGUCCUCAACCUUAAUGACCAGCGGGAGAGAAGCCAACAUAGCCACCCAGAAUCAGCCCCUGUCUUCGGCAUCAGUGUGAUGUGACCUCUCUGUUUCUGCUUGCUGGUGCUGAAGACUGAGGUCCCCUCCUACCUGACCAGACUUGAGAUGGCGUGUUUCCCUCCACCCCCUCGAGGUUUACCCAGAGCCAGAGAAUGUGUCUACGUGGGUGAGGACUGAGGACAGACAGAGCUUCCAUGGCUGUGAGGAGGGCUUGACUUGGUCUUCUUGGAGCCUGAGAGCAUCUGGCCCCUCUCUGCAGACCUUGGGCCUUGCACUAGCCCGGAGGGUAGCCACUUCUUGAGGAUAGGGUGUGGGUAGGAGGACCAGCAGGUGAGGACAGGGCUUUUGUCUCCAUCAGGUCAAGCAUCACAGGGACCUGGCCUUACCUGGAGAGGGGCAAGGGGCUCCCUGGACCCUGAGUACUAGUGGGGUCUCUGGGGGUGUCCAUGCCCCAGGCAUUGUUUGCAGGAUCCCUAGCCAUGUCCAAGUAAAGUAACCCUGAUUCAGUGUGACUGGUGCUGUGGGAAUGCCUCCGCUUUUGCCCUCAAAGUCCACAGCCACUCUCCCAGGGUAGAAUAGCAUCUGAUGUUCACAGCAUUAAGCCCUAAGGCACCAGGGAGGGCUGGGGGUAGGGAGCUGGUUCUCUGCUGAGAGCUGGCUCUCGGGUUCUUUAAUGUGUAAAUAGUUUAUUUAUAGGGGUAAGAGUGUCUUCACCGUGUCUUCAUUUCCUCUUCCUUUCCUCCGGCAUUCUCCUCUAAUCAGCCUUACCUGUGUCUGGGACUAAAGUCCCUUUCAGUUCCCCGAGUGUCUCAAGAACCCACCACCAUAGCCUCUCUCCCAUCCGCAUUUGUUCCACUUCCUCCAUGCACCUCCCUCCCCUGCUGUUUUCUGGUCUUGGUGCUACUGAAACUGUCACCCAGAACUUGAAUCUUGAAUCUCCCUCCCCACAGCACACCUAGGGAUCUCCAGACCCAGAUGGCCAGCUGGAAACCAGGGCUCCUGUCAUGGCCUCACACAACUGGUGCCCUAACAUUUGUUCUCCCUAGAGGGAGACACUCUUCCUGUAGCCAGUCCUUGUGCUGAGUCGCAGACCCCACGCCACAGAUGAUUAGAAGCUCUGGAGGUUUUAUUUCUAACUUUCACAGUUGCUCCUUCACUGGGAUAUCUGUGGUCACUGUGUCCACCUUUCCUGUCAAGGCUAUUCUGGGGCUUGCUCUUGGAAAUAAAGUCUGUCUUAUGUACUGAAUACCCUUAGGCGUAGCUGGGGCAUUUGUCCAUCUUUGGCUGGGCUGCUCUCUAACGCUUCUCAGUAGCUUAUACCUGUUUGUGCUCACUGUUCAGGGAUUGAGUGCUACCUUCAGUUAUUUGCCAAUGUGUACAUUCUAGUGUGGUGUAUACUGGUGAUACUGGUGGGUUUGUUGAUGAUGAUGCUCUGAUUUUUUUUUUACAAUUCUCUGUAGACUAGAGGACAAAGAAUGCUUGUGUUUUUAAGAAAGUGUGAUGCUUCUCUUUGACUGCCAAACUCUUUUAUGGAAUAUAUCUUUAUAUUAAUGCUGUUGUUUUGGUCGUUUUAUUUUGGAUCACAACAAAAUGGCUUUAUGCAUCUUAGUGGUAAGUUUGGCUGGCGGGAGGACCAGCAACGCCAGGUGUGACUAGACGGUGUGGGAGCACAGAAGUAAAGGCAAACCAUCAUUGGAAUGUUCUGACAUAAAUUGCACUCUACCUUUUUGUGUAGGUGACAACUAGAACAAGCUGUAAGUGUAAGCUAGAAUUUUGACUCCACACUCAGAGGAAACAUUAUUUUAGAUUAUCUCUGUCUGGCCCUGGGCAAUACUUUUGGUCUAAGCAAGAGAGCUUGGGAAUUAUGGGUUGGAAUCUGGACACUGCUCUUGUAUGUAUGAACCACGUUUCUAGGACUUGCUGGCCCAUCCAUAAUGGGUGUGUGU